GGCCGCUCGAUGCGCUCGGCGCGCGGCUCCCCCCGGCGGCGGGACGGACCGACGGACCGGGGCAGGGACCGAGGGACCGCAGGACCGUCCGUGCCCACCCCCCACCCAACACCGGCGACAUGUCCACCGCCAUGAACUUCAGCGCCAAGAGCUUCACGCCGCGGCCGCCGGACAAGGGCGCCUUCCCGCUAGAUCACUUCGGGGAGUGCAGCGCCUUCAAGGAGCAGUUCAUGGAGUGUCUCCGGCACAGCGGCUACGAGAGCGCGGCCUGCCGGCAGCGCGCCAUGGCCUACCUGGAGUGCCGCAUGGACAGGCAGCUUAUGGCUAAUGAACCACUGGAAAAAUUGGGAUUUAAAGACCUGAUAAAUGAGAAAUCAGAAGAAAAACCUGAAAAGUUGUGAUGAAGACAGACAACUUUGCUCCUCAUGUAUGGAAUGCAUAACUCUAAAUGUAGUACAUAUUGUACCUCCUAUUCAUAUUGCAGCAGGAAAUGUUUCCUAAAGGAACAUUUUUUCCAGAGUUUAAUUUUCCUAAAAUAAGAGGGUUUUUUUAAAUGAGCAAAAGUACUGCCUUUGUCUGAUUUGCUCAAGUAUUUCUUAACUUCUUUCUUUUAAUUUCUCUAGAGGGAAAACAGUUACUGCCUGAAGUGUUCUCCAUGUCUCUGUAAGAACAGUGAAGUCUUAUUUUAAAAGGACAAAAGCCCCAAACCAAACAACCCUUUAUUGUGUAGAUCUUGAACUACUGAUUAAUCUUGUGUGGGCAGUACUAAUAUGCUCACAGGAGUUGCUUGUUAGGUGGAAAUAAAGCUGUUGUGGUACUUGCAAAUUGCUUUUCAUUAAAUACUGGUAUUAGUGCCCAUCUUUGGGGUGAUCUCCUUCUCACCCUGCUAUGGAAGACACUUGAGGUGGGUGGUUUUUUUCAGUCUUAAAAUCUUCCAUCCUUGUCAGGAGAGUAUUUCUAGUUCCAGACACCAGUCAGGUGGUGAUUCUGCUUUUAGUUACCAUGCUAGCAGUGUUCACCUAACUUCAUUUCAUCAUUUAACUAGGAAUGUUUCAUUCUGAAUACAUUCACUUAUCCAAAUAGAGCUGCCAUAUGUUUUGGGGUUUUAAUAUCUUAAUGGUGAAAUUAAUGUGGAGACAGAAAUGGUGUUUAUUUGUGCUCUAAGUUACCAAAUAUACAUAAUGUGAUUGGACAAUUUUAUUCUUUUAAAAUCAAAUGUUUUAUAUUAAAAACCAGGGUAGAUCAGGAGUUAGCUGUCUAAGAAAUCCAGUGUUUCUUCCAACAUACGUAGCUGCAGCCCAUACAUUGAGAAGGCCAUGCAGCAGGUGAGAAAUCAGCUCUGAGUGUGUCUUUAAGAUCCCUGAUAUGUGUUUGUAUAAUUUAACCAUGAAUUACCAAAGCCAUUCUCUUGCAUGUAGUAAUGCAAUUGAGUCUUUCUUAAUUAAUGUUGAGUUCAGGCAGAAAUAGUUUGGCCUGUUAGCCCCUUAGAAAUGUGUUUCAAGCAGGCAAUAAAUUUGUAAAUCCUUUGGAUGUAUUUUCUACUGUAUUUUCUGCCCUGUCACCCCUGUUCUUUUGUUUUUGUUUUUAAUCCAGUGACUCAUUUCUCUGCCUAUCUGGUUCUUGAAUGUUAAGCUUUAGGGUCAGGGCCUGCAGACAGUGAUACAAACAGUGAUCUGUUUGUCAAGGCAAUUCUCCAACACUUUCCUCUUUAUUUGGUGUCCUCUCUUUGAUAUAUCUCCCCUUCCCUGCUGUCUGCUUUUGCUUCUGCUUCUCUCCACUGUGCAUCUGCUCACACUGAGCUCCAGGAAAGGGUGGAAGAACAUUUUCUGCUUUUCAUAUUGAUCACUGGAGCUGAGAUUUAAAUUGUUGCUCAGGUCUAAUCUGAUGGAACAGAGUGCACACAGCUCAGAGCGGGUUCCUGUUUGAAAAGAACAUUCGCCUGCUGCUGCAUAUUUUUAUUCUACUUCAUUCUACUGUUCAAAUUAUAUCCUUUGGUGAGAUUAGUACAUUUAUAGAAAAGAAAGCAGAGAUUGUAUUUCUGCAACAGAUAUUAAAAGACUUUAUAUUAAA